AUGUCUGAUCAACCCUAUUACGAGGCUCUUCCAGCCUCUCUCAAACCAUCUAGAUAUCAUGUCUCUGUUUUUGAUAUCGAUAUCACAAAGGAAAGUUUCAAGGGUAAGGUCACCAUUGAAUUGGAUGUUGUUAAACCAACUCAGGAAUUGCACUUGAAUUACCGUGAUUUGACUGUUACUAAAGAAGGAAUCACUGUUCAACAUGGCGAAGAUGUGAUUGCUAUUGAAUCUAUAACAGAAUUCAAAUCGAAGGAGUACUUUUUUGUCAAGUUGGAAGAAACAGUUUCUCAAGGUAAAUUGGUUGUCACUUUAGAAUACGAUGGUAUAAUCCAAACCAAUAUGGCUGGGUUCUAUAAAUCUAGUUAUUUGGAAGAUGGGGAAGAAAAGUUUAUGUUAUCUACCCAGUUCGAAGCCACAGACGCCAGAAGAGCAUUUCCAUGUCUUGAUGAACCUUCUUUAAAGGCAACUUUCGUCGUUGAUAUUACUUUGAAUUCCCAAUGGACUUGUUUGGGAAACACCCCAGUUGCUUCCACUGAAUCUGUUAGUGACGAUUUACAAAAGGUAACCUUUGAAGAAACCCCAAUCAUGUCUACAUACUUGUUGGCUUGGGCUUGUGGUGAUUUCGAGUAUAUUGAAUCUUUCACCAAGGACACUUACCACAACGAUAAACCAUUACCAGUCCGUAUUUACACCACUAAAGGUGGAUACUUGGCCGAUGCUCAAUUAGCCCUGGAAAUCACUCCUAAGAUUGUUGAUUACUUUUCACAAAUUUUUGAAAUUAAGUAUCCAUUGCCAAAAUUAGAUUUGUUGGCAGUUCACUCAUUCUCCCAUAAUGCUAUGGAAAACUGGGGGUUGAUCACUUAUAGAUCAACUGCUCUUUUAUACUCCGAAGCCAAAUCCGACCCAUCAUACAAACAAAAGGUUGCUUACGUUGUUGCUCACGAAUUAGCCCAUCAAUGGUUUGGUAAUUUAGUCACUAUGAAAUGGUGGGAUGAAUUGUGGCUUAAUGAAGGGUUUGCUACUUGGGUAGGGUAUGCUGCUGUGGAUUAUUUGUUCCCAGAAUGGGAUAUUUUCAGUGGAUUUGUUUCUGAAUCAUUGCAACAAGCUCUUAAUUUGGAUGGAUUAAGAAAUUCCCACCCUAUUGAAGUUCCAGUUAUCGAUGCAUUGGAUAUUGAUCAAGUUUUUGAUGCCAUUAGUUACUUGAAGGGUGCCUCUACUAUUUUGAUGAUUUCAAACUAUUUAGGAAGAGAUUUGUUCUUAAAGGGUGUUGCCAAGUACUUGAACGAAAACAAGUAUAGCAAUGCUACCAGUCAUGAUUUAUGGAGUAGCAUUGGUGAAGUCAGUGGCAAACCUAUUGACCAAUUGAUGAACUCUUGGAUCAAGAAAGUUGGGUUCCCAAUUGUUAAUGUUGAUGUUCAUGAAAACAGUCUAGUAUUGACGCAAUCUAGAUUCUUAAACAGUGGAGAUUUAACUACUGAAGAAAAUGAAACUAAAUGGUGGAUUCCAUUGAAUUUUGUUGACGGGGGAGAUAUUACCAUUGACUCAUUUGAAAGCGAAACUUUGAUAAUUGAUCAAUUCCCAUUGAUUGACAAGUACUUUAAGUUAAACAAAGACACUUCUGGUGUUUAUCGUGUCAAUUACUCUUCAGCUAUUUUGGAAAAGAAUAUCUUGCCAUUUUUCGAUAAGUUGUCUCCUCGUGAUAAGGUCGGGUUGAUUGCUGAUUCAGCAGCUACUGCUAUUUCUGGUAACAAUUCUACCGCUGAAUUUUUGAAGUUAGUUAGAAACAUUGCUGGUAAAUUGGGUAAUGAUUACGUUGUAUGGUUGGAAUUAGGUAAGAGAUUGGGUGAUGUUGCCACUGCAUUCUCCACUAGCGAAAUCAGACCAAAGGUUGAUGCCUUUAUAAGAGCAAUCUAUCAAGACAAGGCUGUUGAAUUAGUAAAAGAGUUGGCUAGCUCCACUACCAUCGACAGUGCUGAUUUCUUAAAGGUUAAAUUAAGAUCAGAAAUCUUGAAACACGCUGGAUUAUUAUCUAUUCCUGAAGUUGAACAAUAUGCACAAGUAUUAUUUGAAAGUUGGCUUAAAGAUCCAAGCACAUUGCAUCCUUCAUUACGUUCAUUUGUAUUUACUACUGUUGCUGCUUCUGCUAAAUUUACCAAUGCGCAAUUCCAAUCUAUUUUGAAGGAAGUUACUCAUCCUUCUUCAUUGGAUUCUAGAGAAAUUUCCCUUCGUGCCUUGGGUCACAUCACUAAUGUUGAACUUCUUCAACCAUUGCUUGAUCUCUUGACACAACCUGAAGUUAUCCCAACUAUGGAUUCGCAUUUCCUUGGUGCUCCAUUGAGUGACAAUCCAGUUACUCGUGAUGCAUUCCUUCAAUUCUUCUUUGAUAAUUAUGAUGAUAAAUUGUACAAGUUGAUGCUGACAAACAUGGUUGUGUUGGACAGAUUUGUUAAGAUGACCUUGAGAAACUAUCAAAGUGAAGAAGUGUACAAUAAGGUCAGUGAUUUCUUUAGAAAUAGAGAUGUUCAUGGAUUUGAAAGAAGUUUGAAACAAUCAUUGGAUAACAUAAAGAUCAAUUCAACUUGGUUUGGUCGUGAUGGUAAAGCUGUAGAUGAAUAUUUAUCUUGA